AUGUGCCAUCGCGCCCAGGGACUGCAGUGUGACCCAGCCCGCAGGACGUCAUUGACAUGGCGCACCAACUCCGUAAAGCGAGUCAACGACUCAGUCCUGGCAGUCUACUCCGUCAGCUGGUUGUUACCAUGGAGACCCUCUGCAGUGUUUUACGGACUUCCUGAUCCCAGCCAGGCAUCUCCUGGAGACUGUGCAGCUUGUGCAUCUGAUCUGGUGUUUCGUUUUGUGGGCUGGCCACUGUGCCUCCAUGACCGCAUCGUAGUCCACCUUGCCCACCUCGACCCCCUGCUGCUUUCCCCGGGGGACUUCUACCUGCAGGUGGCACUGUUUGGACACCAGGCAGCUCGCAUCGUGGUCCGGAGCCUUCUGGCAGAGGAGAGGCAUGAGUUGGAGGAGAGUCCCAUAGCCGAGGCCUUUCUGAAAGAACUGAACGUGGGCAGGCAUGACAAGCCACUCAGUCAUUGCCUGCUGGCCACCGAGCAGGGUGUAGUCAAGGUGCCUUGGGAUCAGGUGGCCAGCCCUGAGUUUGUGGAUGAGUCACAGCGCAUGGCUUGUCCUGGCCCUGCAGAUCAGCAAGAGUCUUCGAGCGGACAUUACUUGCGGGACUCACCUGUGCCGCCUGGGUAUUUAGUGGAGACCAGGAUCCGUCCUGCUAAGGAUGGUAUCGCGGUGUCUUUGUGCUUAGUAGACAGUUCCAGUCAGAGUGGGAUGGAACCAGAUGGGCCAGGGAUGCCAGUGGGCUGGGUGUCUCCUAAUACUUGGGACAGUCGCAGUAAGAACUGUUUUCGGGGACAGUAUCUAGAACAUGUGGACGUUACUAAAGAAAAGGAAGUCGUGGUAUGCUCUAGGACUCAAGGUCAGCCUAGAACUCCUGUGCUAAAACCCCAUGGGCUCACAACUUCAGCUGGUUCUGGCUCCUCCUUCCAUGGCCACCGCCCCUGCGGACGUACUGUGCGGUUUGCAGAGCAACCUUGCACACCUUGCAUGAGGAGGAAGCACAACCAGGGGAGCCAAGGCCAAGAGUGCAGAUACAAGGAGUUUUACAUGGAGACACAGCAAAGCCCUGCCAUUGUGGAGAAAAGUCCUCAAGAAUCAGUCCCCUCUGGGAGAAGUAUGAGGAUCAUUUCUAAAAUGCUCCACAGACCUGUUCUGGAAUGUCCUGACCAGAGUCCUUAUGAUCAAACGGUAGAUAACAAUUGCAGUGAAGAUGACCGAAAUGUCCCUGGUUUUCCAGGCAUUUCUGAGGACUUGAUGGGCAUACGUGAAGGCACCAUUACCUGUCUCGUGCCAAAUGUGGUUGGAACGUCUGAGAAAUGUCAUGUUGUAGUCCAAGGACAGCCCAGCGAAGGCAGCAGGGACGGUUAUCUGGAAACGCUCCCAAGGCUACAUGUAGUUCCUGGGAAAAAGACCACUGCCUUCGGCCUUGUUUCUCCAAAGUUGAACAGGCGAAGAACAAAACCAAACGGAUGCUUCUCUGAAGAUGACCCCCAGGAUCCUAAAACAUUUUCCCCUCUUGCUAAUGGAUCCUGGAGAGAUGGACCUAAAUCCACAGAGACACACACUGCUGGCAUGGAACAAGUCAUACCUACAGGACCAGCAGCACCACCAGCCGCAUUCAAACCAGAGACCUGCCUCCUGCAGUUAGGGGUCGCCUGCCUUACAGGUGGCAGAGAUCGCUCAAGCAGGCCUGUGGUGGAGGUUUAUGGGGAUCACACACACUGGGGGUCUCCUCUGGUCUCCAGCCUGGAGCUCUCCACACUAUUGCUCUAUUUCAAUACCAUCACCAGGAAAGUCCAAGAGGUUGGCCUGACAGUUGUGUACGAUGCCCGUAACACAGCCCCACACCCGGCAUUCACUGAAGCACUGCAGAUGGUGCAGGAGAAGGACCCACGAGCUGUCCACUGUGUGCUGCUCCUGCAGAGUAAAGGUUACAGUCACGAGAAAGACUCAGGACGGAUGGACAUUGUGGCCUCUCUCAAAGCCCUUCAUAAAUGUAUAGAGCGUAGCCAGCUGACCUCUGCACUGGGUGGGUCCUUUACCUACAGUCACAGAGACUGGCUCGACCUUCAUCGAGAACUGCACCCAUUUGUGUUGGACCUGAAAGAAGCCAGAGAUUUGCUCCUGGAAGCCAUACGAAACCUGGAGGGAAUACACAAAAUAGACACUGUUCAGGAUGUGGAGCAGUGCAUUAGCGAACAGAGAGCUCUGAUGAAGGACGCGCUGCAGGACCCCCGAUUGGUUGCCUUACAGAGGGAGGGCAGAGCCAUGCUGGCCAGGUUGAGGUGGGAGUGUAAUGUAAGAGCAGCACACUGCGAAGAGACCUGUGAGGUCAUGGAAACCGUGGAGGGCCUGUAUAAUCAGGUUGAGGAACAGGUCCAUGUGCUGGCGAGGAGAUCCAGUGUGUCUCUCCAACACCUUAACUUGCUGCUACAGCUCAGAGAGAUGGAAUCGAGGUUUACCAAGAUAAAGGAAUGGUUUGAUGUGGAGGGAGACAGACAGCUGCUGGAAGCAGAAUCUGUGGAGGUUUCCAGCGGGAGAAUUCAAGAGACACUCAAAGGCUUCUCAACUUUCCUCUCUGAAGCAAAUGAACAGAAGCUUAAGGCCAUGAUGUUACUAAAUGAAGCAGAACGUAUUCAGGGACCAAACUACCCUGAGACAGAAGCGUUCCAAACAAUGGUAUCCACCUUCAAAUCCAGCUUGUCAGACUUCUUGUCUCGAGCAGAGCAAUGUUGUGAUGAGCUUCAAGACAUGGUAAAUUUGUGCCACUUCUGUGAAAGGGCAACUGAAGUGGCUGAGGCCUGCUCACAACAAUUGGACCAGAUUCCCUUGCAGUGCAUGGCUCAGGAGGAGAAAUGGGCCACCCUUCAGCAAUGCCAUCAGAAGCUUAUUGAGUUCUCCCCUGAACGAUUCCAGGAUGCAAAGGCCCUGGCCGGCUCUCUCCAGAGCUGCAGGGGUAUGCAGGUGUGGAAUAUGGCUUGGCUAAGGUGUCAGGACAUCAGCCAACAGCUGGAAGAGAGCCUGCAGGAUCUGGAGCAAGCCCAGCAUCGCUUGGUACAUUUGACCUACGAGCAGCACGGUGAUGGUGGCGAGGCAAGCACUUUCGAAGCGGAGCACCUGCAUGGAGCACCUGCACUUCCACAGUCCAAUAUACAGCGGAGCAUGCCAGAACAAUGUGAAGUCAAGCAUAACCGAGACCGAGAGAGCAUUUACGGCACGGUGACCUGCUUUAACUUCAGGCAAUCGCGAAAAGGUCGGAAAGGGUCCAGAACUGUUGCUGCUGCAGACCAAGGCCUUGCUGAUUAUGGCAAAAACACAUCCAGAAAAACAUCGCACGAUGGCAGGCAGAGAGUAAUUGAAGGAUCAACCACAGCUGGUUGUCAGUGGUUUCCCUGGAAGAGCACCUUGAGCAGAUCCAGAGGAGAGAACUCAGCUUCCAGCUCCUUUAAGACCUCACCUUCCAACUACACGGAAUCUAACAGUCUAACACCCCUCAUCUCUGAUGUCCAGGUGCUAGAAGCUGCCAACUGUGGAACACAGACAACAUUACCCGCCUCAGUACCGACCUAUUCUAAUACCCAGUCUGCAGUACCCAUCUGCAUUGGAGCCAAGACACCAGUACCCACCUGUUCUGAGACCCAGGAACCCUUAUCAGCCAACUGCCAGGCCCAGCCCUGCGAAAGGCAUAACUCCCAUACUGGCAGGUUUUACUCAGAAGAGUCCAGCUGUGAGGUGGAGCUCUUGGGAAGUACUUCACCCAAGGAGGCUGUCAACAGAGGAAGUGGGGGAGGAAAGGCCUUGAAUAUCCCUGACACUAAUACCAGCACUCUGAAACUGUGGUGCAUCUUAGAGGAGUUGUUGGGGACAGAGCUGGAGUACGUGCGGUCUCUGGGUUAUGUCCUGACUCACUACCUCCCCCUACUGGCCAGGCCGGAUGUGCCCCAAGACCUGAGAGGUCAGCGUGGGAGGAUCUUUGGGAACCUAGAGAAAAUACAUAACUUCCACUGUCAUUACUUCCUGCAGGAGCUAGAAGUAUGCAGGGCAGAGCCGUUGAAGGUGGGCCGCUGCUUCCUCAGACAUAGGGAGAGUUUUGGCCUGUACGCUCUCUACAGCAAGAACAAACCCCAGUCAGAUGCUCUUAUUCAACAUCACAAGUACUUCAAGCGUAAGCAGAUGGAGCUGGGGGACAGCAUGGACCUGUCAUCCUACCUGCUGAAGCCCGUGCAGAGGAUCAGUAAGUACGGCCUGCUGCUGCAGGAGAUGCUGGAGGAGUGUGGGCCUGACCACGGCCUGGAGCGCCAGGAGAUCCAGGCCGCCACCGAGGUGGUCCGCUUCCAGCUUCGCCACGGCAACGACCUGCUCACCAUGGACGCCAUCCAGGACUGCGAUGUGAACCUAAAGGAGCAAGGCCAGUUAAUUCGGCAAGAUGAGUUUUACGUAACGUUUCGUAAGAAGCGCACUCUGCGCCGAGUGUUCCUGUUCCAGGAGCUCAUCCUCUUCACCAAGACAAAGAAAACCCUCCGUGGGGAUGAAGUGUAUGUCUGCAAACAGUCUUUUAAGACAUGUGACAUAGGAGUGACUCGGAGCUGUGGAGACAGCGGCCUGUGUUUUGAGAUCUGGUUCAGGAGGAGGCAGGCACAACACACCUACAUGCUCCAGGCUGAGAGACAGGACGUGAAGCAGGCCUGGACCAUAGACCUUGAGCAGAUCCUGUGGAAGCAGGCCCUGAAGAAUAGAGAGCUGUGGCGACAGGAACGUGUGUUCAUGGGGGUGGGUAGCAAAUCCUUUAUGGACAUCCAAACCAGCGAGGCGACCAUCCAUGACAAAAGUAUCUUCUGCCUUCUAACUGGAAGAGAAAGUGAAGGAUCAUUAAAAACACCAAAUCUUGCGGUGUCCAGCUUUCCAAGUGAUAUGGCCCUGCCAAGGCCUGAAUCGAAUGGCUCUGGGAGCUGUGUCUCAACCUCAGGCAGCCGAUCAUCUUCCUCCUCUGGGCGAGGCUCCUUAUCCCCCAGAGGUUUCCCUGCAAAUCAGGUUCCCAGCAGCCAUGGAAUGUUCUUACCUCACGAAACCUUGUGUGGAGAUGACCAGAACCAGUUCCUUAGAAAUGAAGACUGUUCAGGGUCCUUAGAUGAAAGUGCCUGUGUGUGUGGAGGUCCUGAUUCAUAUUGUGCUUCAAGAGGAUUUCCUGCACUGCUUGCAGGCAGGUGCCCAACUGCUGCCACCCAGCCCAACCUGGCCUGCACACCCCAGCAUAGCCCACCUGCUCCAGCCAGGAACAAACUCAGAGGGUGUGACCUACAAACCAUGACUCAUAUUUAUCAAAAGGAUACAGAGCAGAUCUGCGAACAGUUCCACUGACUCAGGAACCACAGACUCCUUUGGCGAGUGAAAGUACAUUUCAUGUGGUUGCUGACCAUAGUAUUUUAAAGAAGUCAGUACUUCUACUGAAGGCUACAAGAAAACGUGAGAUACCACGGAGGAAAGUGAUAAUGUGAAAAUGAAGGGAUUAUGACACAAAUUCAUAGAACUGAAGAGGCAGUCGUUUAGCAAAAAAGGUUACUGUAGGGGAAGUCCAACUGUAAUGAUAUGAUGUGAAAAUGAAUAUGACCAUAUUCUUUCAUUAAGUAACAGUGUCAAUGUCACUGUGUCAGUUAAAUAGUUUUAGUGAUUAAGGCAUCCUGGGUGUUGAUGUAACUGUGUUCUUGAAUCGUUUGCAGUAAAUACCAUUUUUUAAGUUUUCUGUCAGUGAAGUUUUGUAACAAGAAUUUCUGUACAUUGGCUUUUGCAUGUGUGACAUUUUUUGGAAUGGUUUAUUGAACGCUCCCAUUUAUUUGAGAUUUAUUCAACACUGUCCCAUUUUUUUGAGAUGAGAAAUUAGAAAAUAUUGGGAAUAAAAACAAUUCAGUGUUACAAAUUGUCACAGUACAGCCUAACGUCUCCGCGUGUGUGUCUGUGUUUGUUCGUCCGUAUAGCCCUGUGUUUCACACCUGCUCCUCGUUGUGUGUAUAUAAGUCUUGUUUUUAACUGUGAAUGUUGUCGAUAUUUGACCCUGAUAGCCUGCGAGCUACGUGGUCGUUGUUGGGUAUU